GGCCGAGCCGAGGGGCGAAGCCGCGGCCGCCGCUCAGCCCGCCCCGGGCCUGCGGGAGCAGCAUGGCCGCCAGCCUGUGGAUGGGGGACACUGUUGAGCCUGGUUCAUGCAUGCCUGCUGGUUUUGAGUGGCAUCGACCCUCUUAAAUGAAUCUUCUUUUUGAAGUCUGGAGCCAUAUAUGGAUGAAAACUUUGUUUCGAGAGCCUUUGCUACCAUGGGAGAGCUUGUACUGAGUGUAAAAAUCAUUCGAAACAGGUUGACAGGAAUUCCAGCAGGCUAUUGCUUUGUAGAAUUUGCAGAUCUAGCUACUGCAGAAAAAUGUUUACACAAAAUCAAUGGAAAACCACUUCCUGGUGCUACACCGGCAAAGCGAUUUAAAUUGAAUUAUGCAACGUAUGGAAAACAGCCUGAUAACAGUCCAGAAUAUUCACUUUUUGUGGGAGACCUGACUCCUGAUGUGGAUGAUGGCAUGUUAUAUGAAUUUUUUGUUAAAGUUUAUCCAUCAUGUAGAGGUGGAAAAGUUGUUUUGGACCAGGCAGGAGUAUCCAAAGGUUAUGGGUUUGUGAAAUUCACGGAUGAACUGGAACAGAAAAGAGCGCUGACAGAGUGUCAAGGAGCUGUGGGGUUGGGCUCUAAACCUGUACGCUUGAGUGUGGCUAUACCAAAAGCUAAUCGUGUGAAACCAAUGGAGUACAAUCAGAUGUACAACUAUAAUUAUAACCAAUAUUACCAACAAUAUCACAACUAUUAUGCCCAGUGGGGCUAUGACCAGAACACGGGCAGUUACAGCUACAGCUAUCCACAGUAUGGAUACACGCAGAGCACAAUGCAGACAUAUGAAGAAGUUGGUGAGGAUGCAUUAGAAGAUCCGACGCCUCAGUUGGACGUCCAUGAAGCAAAUAAACAGUUUAUGGAACAGAGCGAAGAGCUCUAUGAUGCCUUGAUGGACUGUCAUUGGCAGCCUUUGGACACUGUCUCGUCAGAGAUUCCAGCCGUGUUAUAGCCUCGUUGCUGAGGCCCUGUCUCUGUGUGACAAGCCCGCCAGCGCGCUCCGGACUGUUAUGCUGCACCUGGAUCCUGCAGUAGUGAGGGGUGGCCCUUUUUCCACCCAGGUCUGUUACUCAAAGUACAGGAGGACUGUGGCGUUUCCUGUACGAAAUGAGUAUCGUAGGAGCAUCAUGGUAACUUUUAUUCAUGGUGAAAGUUAGAACUGCAACAGUUUUAUUCCUUUUGUCUUGAAAAGAACUCUUAAUACUUCUUGGGAAUUGUAAUUUAUAAACUUUCAACAAGAUGGCACAGGGGAAAGACUCUACUCCAACGUACAAUAAAAAAGUUGGUCUUUUAAGUAAAAUUACCCUUUGCAUUUUGGUUCCUGCCCAUCUCUCUGUUUUGCUGCCCAUUUAACUAUCUUCAGUCAUUUGAUCCAACUCUCGUAAAUGUGUUUUUUUUAAAAGUCAAUGUCAUAUACCACUAAAAUGUCUCAAAAGCUUUCUAGUGACUGGGUAAAGUUGCUGUAACUUGAGCAUGGGAAAGAAGCACGUAGAUAAAAGCUUAUGUUUGCUUAAUCUAAGCUAUGAUCUUGAGCUAGCAAGUUUAUAGCUUGGUGUUCUUAAGCAAAUCUAUCUGAAAAGCGUUUUGGAGACAGAAAGGAGUGUUAUAAAACUACGACAGACCAAUGCCUUCUACAUGGUGGUCUAGCGCAGUUUGGCUUGCCUCUCCAUCUGUAUAUGGGGAAACAAUUCCCUAUCACUUAAGCAGUUCAAAAACUUUUACCAGCAACCUUAUUUAAAUAUGAUUCUGUGUGUCUCACCUUUUUCGUUGUGGACAAUUCUUGAUGGUCUCAUGAAGAUAUUAAGAUUUCACAGUGUCUUCCACUGUCCUGUCAGAGUGAAUAUGGUAAAAAUGAAGAUUUUGCAGCAAAAACGGGUCAGAGCAAUCUAAUCAAUAUAUUGUGCAACAAAUUGUUGCUAAUCUGGAAAGCAGUUUUCUACUGGAUGUUGUAUAAGCUGGACAGACAAGCAAUAUAUUUAAGCUAAUAUUAUGUUGCAUUAAAAGUGACAGCAAAAAUAAUAGCACUUAUGUACAUGUUAUAAGCCCUUUUCAGGUUUUUGUGCCUUAAACUCUUUGAGAAAUAGGAGCAGACAAACUACCUGUAAUAAAUGUCUAUCCAAGAAAUAGUUUGGUAACUGAAAUUGCUGCUGCAGAGCAUUUAGUUGCCUCCCUGCCCAUGUUGAUGCAGAAAUUUGCCACAAAGUUUAAAUACUUUCAUAAAGCCUACUUCUACUACACCUUUGUUUGUGUCCAUAAUUAUGAUAUAUUUGUCAAUCUGUGGUCUUUUUAUCAACUGCAAUGGUAAAUGUACUGUGAAUAUGAAGGUAAUGGUGACCUCCGUACUGGAUUUAGCAUAGUUUUGAAUGAGCAAUAAGAGAAAUACUGGGUUCCUG